CGGGAUGACCCCCAUGGUAUUUUGUGGAAUCAUCUGUUGAACGUGGCCAGUUCGUAGACGCCUUGUCUUGAGCAUGUCGAUCACAUAAUAAAUGGGCAAGGCCAUCUCUGUGAUCCCUCCGUUAGACCGCACAGCAACAUAUUUCUUUAGAGACUUGUCAGACACGUACAUACGCACUGGAUAUACUCUAUCAUAUAUCCACGUUACUCUAUCAGCUAUGAGGUUCCCUACUUACAGUGCCCUCAUCACAGGCUUAUUCACCCCCGCUGCCUUUGCAGCAUUCGACCAGAACCGCGGAGGUGCCGUUCUCAAAGCUCCUGAGGGCCAAUCCUUUACCUCUGUCACAGGAACCUUCACCGUCCCCAACCUAAGCGGAACCAACAAACUUUCGAUAUGGGUUGCCAUUGGAGACACUCUCGAGCAAGACGUUGUUCUCAAGGGCGGUGUCACUUAUUCUAACGGCCUGGCAUCCUUCGCCGCCUGGUACCCAGACAACGAGACUGACAUCACGAGUGCUGUGCCUGUCAGUGCUGGGGAUUCGAUCACUGUCACAGUGUCAGUCUCGGAUCCGGACGAGUCUACGGGCACUGUCAUCGUCGAGAACACGACUCAGAACAAGAAGUCCACUCAGACAUUGCCAAUUCCCGCCAAAGUACAAGACCCAAGCGCGCUGACAGCACUCGCCGCUGACUGGUUUGUCCAGGCCUACCAAGAGGCUGGGGAGCUAGUCCGCGUACCACGUUUCGAUACAGUCACUUUCACCAAGAGUAGCGCGACCCUCGCGAACGGAACCAGGGUCGGGCCUACAGGAGCCGGAACCUUUGAGAUCCAGGGCACCAGCGGGCAGAUCUACUCCAAAACAACGGUUUCCGCCGAUGGCAUUACGAUUCGCCAACAGCAGCAGUAAGCGGGCUGUUCAUACUUGCUUAUUCUUGGGGAUAUCGAAAAUACUUUUUUAGAAUAGCUUAUAAUGUAUAUACUCUAGAAUUCAACUUAAGCUACAUACACUCUCCAA